GGAUGGAGGUGUGAGGCAGGGGAGAAGGAGGAGGACUGGCCAGGCAUGUGAACUGGCUCCCUCGGCUGCAGCUUGCCAGCGAGCAUCCCGGAGCCACAUUUCCCGGGCCCCAGCGGGUGGGCAGAACGGAUUGCAUCCUCUGAGGGGCCGGUGCAGCCAAUUGAUACUAAUAUCCCCUCCCCUCUGACCCCUACCAUCCUUCCCUCCCUCCCUUCCUGCUGCCUUCAGUCCGCACUGUGCUGCUGGGGGCUCGGUGCAGGGGAUAAGCGUGGGGGGCUCGCCUUUCUCUGAUUCAUUCAUUCUCUGCUGGCUGGGAGGUUCGAAGUCUCUGGCUUCGAAAGAGGGAGAGAAAGGGAGAGAGAGAAAAAGGGAAAGAGAGAAUAAGAAUAUGAAUGUAUCUUUUAAUUGAAAAAAAAAAAAAAGCAGUGAAUGAAGGGACCAGCGCAGGCAAGGCUCCAUUGUGUUCAGCCGAAUAAGGAGAGGGGGAGGUAGAGGGAGGUGAGAUUUUGGGGGCCCUCCUCCUCCUUAUCUCUCGGCCUCCCCCGAGAUGUGCUGCUGCUCUCCCCUCCUGCUGCCAGCCUUGAAAUGGCUUCAUUUAUUCUCUUCAGGGGAAUGAAUCGAUCCUCCUCAGCCUUCUCUUCCUGUUCCCCACCUCCUCUAUGCUCAGAGUGUUAGAGGAGGGGGAGGGAAAAGAUUUCGCCUCCGUGGAGUAUCGUGCACGUUUGGGAGUUGCUGGGUUUGCGCUUUGAGAUUUUUCUAUUAAAAAAAAAAUCUUUUUCUAUUUGCAAGGGGACAGAAAUAGUUCCAUUUCCUCCCCAUUUUAAGGUUUUGAUUUCCAUUUUUUAUCAAUUUUAAAAUUGCAUGCCCCGUUGUGUCGCGCUCCCUACCCGGUAGACCUGCAGGGGUGCCAGGGAGAUUUGAACGCGCCGCCCGCUCUCCCUUCAGCUUGGAAAAAGAAGACGAGCAUCUUUCCUGCUCCUGGCGCGGGGACUGCAUCCUUGUGCGAAAGGACAUGCGAGCAGCGUCCGCCGAACUCCUUUCUUAUAGGACUCCAUGAACCUGGAUUGUGCAUCAACCCACGCGGACUCACGCUGUGGAAUUAGAAUUGGACUCCGCUGCUCCCCAGCGCGGCAUUUUAACUCUCGCAAGCAGAUGCCACCUCCUUUGCUUUGAACAUUUUGGGAUCUCCACGCGAGAGAUUCAUUUACCUGAGGAAACGAGCCGAAUUGUCUCGGCAUCCUUGAAAUACCUCCAGACACGCGCGGAUCACGUGGGAUAACCAACGGCAGUAAAGCCACUGAAAAGAUUCCUUGGGAAAUUCUUCCGUAGAGCAACUUCGGUGGAAGUUUUCACUGGGCAAAAUGGGGGAACAACCCAUCUUCAGCACUCGAGCUCAUGUCUUCCAGAUUGACCCAAACACAAAGAAAAACUGGGUUCCCUCCAGCAAGCAUGCAGUUACGGUGUCCUACUUCUAUGACAGCACAAGAAAUGUGUAUAGAAUAAUCAGCUUAGAUGGCUCAAAGGCAAUAAUAAAUAGCACCAUCACCCCAAACAUGACUUUCACUAAAACAUCUCAGAAGUUUGGCCAAUGGGCAGACAGUAGGGCAAAUACUGUCUAUGGUUUGGGAUUCUCCUCUGAGCAUCAUCUUACAAAAUUUGCAGAAAAGUUUCAGGAAUUCAAAGAAGCUGCUCGAUUAGCAAAGGAGAAAUCCCAAGAGAAGAUGGAGCUCACGAGUACGCCCUCCCAGGAAUCAGCAGGAGGGGAUCUUCAGUCUCCUUUAACACCAGAAAGUAUUAAUGGGACAGAUGAUGAAAGAACUCAUGAAGUGACACAAAACUCAGAACCAAGGGCUGAACCAACCCAGAAUGCAUUGCCAUUUUCACAUAGCUCAGCCAUCAGCAAACACUGGGAAGCUGAACUGGCAACGCUGAAAGGUAACAAUGCCAAGCUCACAGCGGCACUGUUGGAGUCCACUGCCAAUGUCAAGCAAUGGAAGCAGCAACUUGCCGCCUAUCAGGAGGAAGCUGAGCGCCUUCACAAGCGGGUGACCGAGCUGGAGUGUGUGAGCAGCCAAGCAAAUGCGGUCCAUACACACAAGGCCGAGUUAAAUCAAACAAUACAGGAACUAGAGGAAACGCUGAAGAAGAAAGAGGAGGAAAUAGAAAAAUUGAAACAAGAAAUUGAUAAUGCCAGAGAACUACAGGAACAGAGGGAUUCACUGACUCAGAAACUACAGGAAGUAGAAAUUCGAAACAAAGACCUGGAAGGACAACUCUCUGACCUAGAGCAACGUCUGGAGAAAAGUCAGAAUGAGCAAGAAGCUUUUCGCAAUAACUUGAAGACACUUUUAGAAAUUCUUGAUGGAAAAAUAUUCGAACUAACAGAGUUACGAGAUAACCUGGCCAAGCUCCUAGAAUGCAGCUAAAGGACCUGGGGUUUCAGUGCUGAUCCUUUUAAAGACGUGCUGACUCUUCUUCAUAGGACUACCUUGGGCUCUGCAUCAAAGUUGCACAAAAUUAGGAAAUUACUCCUCCUCAAGGAGGACCUAUUUGCAAAUUGGAAUAGGAUAUUGCAGUGUACAAUUUAGAUUUCAGCUUGUAGCUAGUUAAAAACAAAAUGAAAAACUUGAACUACAAAUUACCUCCUUGUACAUUAUUGGCCAUAGUUAACUAGAAAGCUAUUCAUAGUCAUUUGAUGCAAUCCUUUUCUGAUAUUAGCCAGUGGGAGAAUUAGCAGUGUCUGGGUCACAUCCUCCCUUUUUUUUGUGUUGGACACAGUUGUAGAUUACCUGCUUUUUAAAUUUAUUUAUUUAAAAUAUCUAACUGCUGUGCUUUGUGCA